AUGGAGAGUCUAUCUACUGGUUCAUUGAGUGGGGCUCAAAAAGAAGAACUUAUGGAUCAAGUGAAACAGCAAAUCGCAAUUGCAAACGCCCAAGAAUUAUUAACAAAAAUGUCUGAAAAAUGCUUUAAGAAAUGUAUUACCAAACCAGGUACUGCCCUGGAUAGUUCAGAGCAAAAAUGUAUCGCAAUGUGUAUGGAUCGGUAUAUGGAUGCUUGGAACCUUGUCUCACGGACUUACAGCAGUCGUAUUCAACGUGAAAGAAACAAUAUGUGA